GCUGAUGAUGGAAUCAGAGUCCUCGUUAUUGGACAAAAGUGUCAACACUGUGGGCAGAGAGGAGACGAAAAUAAACCCCAUGAGGUUGGAACACAUUAGGUGUCAGAUUAUAAACUGCCAGAUGGCCCUCCAUCCCUACCUGUACAUAUGUGUGCAGCACGGUCUGCUUAGCGAACCUGGGAAGAGUGGACAUGCAAAGUUAAUAAGCAUUUCUGGAGUCCAGAUCUUGGCUUCUAAAAUAUUCCAUCCAGAUUGUAGUUUCUAAGCACAGCAUCAAGAAUUUUAGGAUUUAAUUCCAAAUAAUCAUGCAAAGUAGUAGAAAUGAUCUUCUAGGUUUAAGCUGUCAAGGUGUCUUAAGCAGCCUUUUCCCAUCAAGUGCAUCAGCAAGUUUGACCCAGUGCCCAGGAUGCUGCUGCCCAAGAUGGCUCACUAGCCCCUGGCCAUCUGCCUGCACCCGCUGCCUGACUUGGACUGACUUGGACUGUCUGUGUAGUCUUUUGCCGCCUCUUGAAUGUCUUCCAGACUUGACCAGGCCUCUUUCCGACACCUUCUAAAUAGAUCUGGCCUUCUCUCACGAGCAGGUAUGUGGUACAUGAAGAAAGUGGAAAGCUCCCAGGGUAAAUGAACAUGGCCAAUUCUCUGAGAGGAGAAGUACUGAAUCUUUAUAAAAACCUGCUGUACCUUGGACGAGACUAUCCAAAAGGAGCAGACUACUUUAAAAGGCGUCUGAAGAAUGUUUUCCUUAAAAACAAGGAUGUGAAUGACCCAGAGAAGAUCAGAGAACUUAUUGCACGGGGAGAAUUUGUAAUGAAAGAGCUGGAAGCCUUAUACUUCCUUAGGAAAUACAGAGCUAUGAAACAACGCUACUAUUCAGAUACCGACAAAACUGACUGACAGUUGCUAUCAUAAUUGGCUAGAAGUGUGAAACAGUUCUGACUUAAGACAGUCAUACACAGGUUAUAUCAAAAAAUACCACCCUAUUGUAGCUGCAUUUCAAUUUCUGCUCAAACCAAAACCCUGAUCAUCAGUUUACCCAAUUUUUAUUCUAAAAUAGCAGUUAAUCGUGCUACCAAUUACAAGUUAAUGAAUAUCCAGUUUUGAAAGAUGUAAUACACUUUAAUGUGACUUAAGAUUUUACCCAGCUAUUCUGCCCAUUUCCCCAUUUUACUGACAAGAUAUUGCUUUUUAAUGUAUACUUUCUAAGUAAAAUAACUUCUUUUACAUUUACUCCUAAUUUUAUUUUUGACCCAUUUUCAUAAAUUAACAGUACGAAGUUCAUGCUAAAGAUCUAAAUGUAGUUAUAGAAAUAAUAGGAUGUACAGAGUGAGACUAUUUCUGACCCUCCAACUGUUGGUGACAGGCAUUAGAGACAUAGGUACUCAGUUAACUCCAGAAUAAACUCUGCUGCCUGCUCCCUUGGGGUCUAAAACCAAACCAGCAGGUGUGCCUCCAGCAGUAAGUGCUGGCCCCUUGUGCCGACAUCUACUUCUCAAUGAGUGAACAGGCAGUGGGUCGAGACCCAACAUGGUUUUACACUACACAUUAAACCUCUACAUAAUGUUCACAACAACUUUUAUAAUAAAGAGUAUUUUUGCACUUA